AUGCACCGAGCGCAACGGCUGCUGCACCACAGCAAUGCCCUUCCCCUCCGAUCCUACCCCCAGCGGCGCCAGCAACAUGCCACGACCACCCGCCGGCAUGCGCCGCGCCGCGGCCUCCAUCUGCUCCAGCACCAGCACAUGAAGCCCGCAUCGCCGACCGAGCCGCCCUUUGUGCGCUACGACGACGCCGAAGCUCUGCAAGAGGAGCACCGCGCGCGCUUCCUCGCCUGGAAGGCCGCAUCGCACACACAAGGACAGGAAGAGGCCGUGCCGCCACCGCGGCCGCAGCUCCUCAGCUUCCAGGCCCGGCCGACAUACACCCUCGGGCGGCGGCAGGACGCGCUCACGCCCGCGCAGGCCUCGCGCCUGACCCGGCCGCUGGCCGUCUCCGCGCCACACGACGGCACCAGCGUCGCCUACACGCCGCAGGUGAAGAAGACGAACCGCGGCGGGCUCACGACGUACCACGGCCCCGGGCAGCUCGUCUUCUGGCCGAUCCUGGACAUGCACUCGCCGCUGCACGCGCGCUUCGGCGUGGCGUCGUACGCGCGGCUCCUGGAGACGACGACGCAGGCGCUGCUCGCGGAUCUCUUUGGCAUCGAGACGUACACGAACCCCGACGAGCCGGGCGUGUGGGUGGGUGCUGCUGCUGGGAAGGAGGAGGAGCGCAAGAUUGCGGCGCUGGGCGUGCACCACCGGCGGUACGUGACGGCGCUGGGCGUCGCGCUGAAUGUGCACCUGCCUGUCGCGGGGGAGGACGAGGGGGUGAACCCGUGGGCGCGGUUCGUGCCGUGCGGCUUGCAGGGCAAGCUGGUGACCUCGGUGGCCAAGGAGACGGGCAGGGCGCAAGCGGGAGGGGAGUGGGACAUGAACGGGCUGGCGGACAUGUGGGCGGCGAGGUUUGAGGAAGGAUUGCUGAAGGGGUGA